GAGAGAAAUCUGUGAUUUGUACACAAACCAUCAAACAUCAAAUAUUAACCUAAUUUUCAGUUUGAUACAGAAAUUCAAAAAUCCCUUAGAAACAUCUUUUAUAAACACCGCAAGUUAGCUAAAUACUAAUAAAAUGAAUUCUAGGUACCUACGAACAUGUGUCAAGCAAUUGCUGAAAUUUCCAAAAAUUCGCAAGCAACCUGCUAGGAAUAUCGGUCUUGUUCCCAUUGUAGUGGAACAAACAGGCAGAGGAGAACGCUCAUAUGAUAUUUAUUCAAGACUGCUGAAGGAAAGAAUCAUCUGCCUAAUGGGGCCCAUUCACGAUACAAUGAGUUCACUCAUUGUGGCGCAGCUCCUAUUCCUGCAGGCUGAAAAUACAAAUAAGCCCAUUCACAUGUACAUUAACUCUCCUGGGGGCAGUGUCACUGCAGGUUUAGGAAUUUACGACACUAUGCAAUAUUGUGCACCACCUAUAGCUACUUGGUGCGUGGGGCAAGCCUGCAGUAUGGCGUCCUUACUUCUAGCUUCUGGAUCACCAGGAAUGAGGCAUUCUCUACCAAAUGCCAGAAUAAUGAUCCAUCAACCAUCCGGUGGAGCUCAGGGACAAGCAACUGACAUUCAAAUUCAAGCUGAAGAAAUCAUAAAACUGAAGAACCAAAUCAAUCAACUCUAUGUCAGACACACUGGUCUUGAACUAGAGACAAUUGAAAAAAACAUGGAAAGAGAUAAGUUCAUGAGUCCAGUAGAAGCAAAGGAGUUCGGUUUGAUUGAUACAGUGCUAACCCGUCCACCCAAGGGUCAGGAAUUCAGCCCUGAAACCCCCAGUGCCACCGAGCCUAGCGCGAAGAAACAAGAAACUGUUCAAUAAAUUUGUUCUACCUUAAAACUUGUUACUCGUGAUUUUGUAAAAUAAAAUUUUAAUAAAAUA